CACAGUCGUACAAUAACAUUAACAACACAUCAUGACCAAGACCAACUCCAAGAAGGACAAAGACAAGUCGCAGGACCCCCUGCUGGCACGGCCCUACAAAGUCAGCCAUCAGACACUCUGUAUCACCGGGGUCAACUUUAAACACAGGGCCAUCAUUGGCUAUGUGGAACUCACCAUCAUUCCUCAGAAAUCUACACUGUCGCGUGUGAAGCUGAACAGUAAACAGUGCCGGAUCUACCGUGUGACGGUGAACGGAGCGGAGGCAGCCUUUGACUACAGCGACCCAACUCUCGAGGUAUGCCAAGGUGACACACGACAGCGGAACCUGGACUACUUCUCCACGUGCCACGUAUCAGCGGUGGGGUCUGUGGACUCUGACAUGGGGAAUGGUGAACUCAACAUCCAUGUUCCACACGAGGUUUACUCUAACGUGUCAGAAGGUCGACCUCUCCAGGUCAGUAUUGAGUUCAGUCUGGAGAAGCCAAAGGGCGGACUGCAGUUUGUUGUUCCUGACAUGGAAGGAACGAUGGCGGAACGUGGCGCUCAUGUCUUCAGCUACGGUCUGGAGAACUCCUCACGACUGUGGUUCCCCUGUGUCGACUCGUACUCCGAACUUUGCACCUGGAAGCUGGAGUUCACGGUGGACGCCGCCAUGACAGCUGUGUCCUGCGGUGAUCUCGUGGACACAGUUUUCACCGCUGACUCCAAAAAGAAGACCUUCCACUACGUGCUGAGUAUCCCGACCUCAGCUCCAAACAUUGCCGUGGCCAUUGGUCCGUUUGAGAUCCUGGUGGACCCCCACAUGCACGAGGUGACGUACUUCUGCCUCCCGCACCUCAUGUCGCUCCUCAAGCACACGGCAGACAGCAUCCACCGCAUCCUGGAGUUCUACGAGGAGCUCCUCAGCUGGAGGUAUCCCUACACCUGCUACAAGGCCGUGUUUGUGGACCAGAGCUACGAGAACGCCGGCUCGUACGCCUCUCUCACCAUCUUCAACACCAACCUGCUCCACACGCCGCGCAUCAUCGACCAGACCCCGUACACGCGGCGGGUGAUCGCGUACGCCGUGGCGCAGCAGUUCUUCGGGUGUUACGUCUGCAUGCACUCGUGGUCGGACGUGUGGGUCGGCAAGGGCAUCGCCGGGUACCUGCUGGGACAGUACAUCAAGAAGUUCUUCGGAAAGAACGAGUACCGGUACUGGAUCCACAGUGAGCAGCAGAAGCUGGUGCACUAUGAGACAGAGAAGGAGCUGGUCGUGCUGCACAGUAAGGACACCAGUGCCAGGGGGCGCUAUUUCCACACACGACAUCCCCACACCACGUCCUGGAUCCACAGCAAGAUGGCCGCCAAGAAGUCCCACCUCAUCACUCGACUGGUGGAGCAGAAGAUUGGCUUUGAGUCCUUGUUACAGGUUUUUAAUAAGCUGUUGUCCCUUGCCACGUCGGCAGCUGGUCAGAAGUUCAGCCCAACCAACUGGUCCAACAUGCUGCUGUCCUCCGCCAGCUUUGUCAAGCUCAUCUCUACUGUCUCAGGCAAGGAUAUCCACUUGCUGCUGGACCAGUGGGUGUACCAGGGAGGAGUCGUCCAUUUCAGUGGCAGUUUUGUGUUCAACAGGAAACGGAACCUGGUGGAGCUGGAACUCAACCAGAGGGUGGGCGAACAUGGGAUACAGAAAUAUGUGGGACCACUGACUGUCACCAUUCAAGAGCUGGAUGGAUCCUUCAACCACUCAGUCCAGAUCGAGGACAACACCACCAGGCACGAGCUUGUCUGCCACUCCAAGAGUCGCAGGAACAAGAAGAAGAAGAUCCCCCUGGUGAAUGGUGAGGAGGUAGACAUGGACCUGAGCACCAUGGAUGCAGACUCACCUGUCCUCUGGAUACGCAUCGACCCACAGCUGACGCUCGUUAGAAAGGUGGAGUGGCAGCAGCCGGACUUCAUGUGGCAGUACCAGCUGCGUUACGAGCGUGACAUCAUCGCGCAGCACGACUCCAUCCAGGCGUUGGAGCAGUUCCCCACGCCCGCGUCCCGCCUGGCACUCACCGACAUCCUGGAGAACGAGAGCUGCUUCUACCGCGUCCGGAUGGAGGCUGCCUUCUGUCUCAACAAGGUUGCCAAUGCCAUGGUGAGUUCGUGGAUGGGUCCCCCUGCCAUGAUGUCCAUGUUCAAGCGCAUGUUCUGUACCCAGAUGUACACCAACCUCAUCAAGUGUAACAACUUCUCCAACCUGCAGGGUUACUUCCUGCAGAAGACCAUGCCUGUAGCCAUGGGAGCGGUACGCGACGCACACGGUCGCUGUCCCAAGGACGUUCUCCAGUUCAUCCUGCAGCUCAUCAAGUACAACGAUAACAGCAAGAACAAGUUCUCAGACAACUACUACCGAGCCUCGCUGAUCGACGCGCUGACGGCCACAGUCACGCCAUCGGUCACCAUGCUGGACACGUCCACAGACUCCAGGACAGAACAGGCACUGCUGCCCGAGACUAAGGCUGUGUUAGAAGACGUAGUGCGGCACCUGAACCUGGAGAAGCUCCUGCCAUGUUACCAGUUCACCAUCACCGUCGCCUGCCUGAAGGCUAUCCGGACCUUACAGAAGAACGGACACCUUCCCAGCAAUGCCGCCCUGUUUAAGAGCUACGCCGCGGGACAGUUCGUGGAUGUCCGUCUGGUUGCCAUGGAGAUCCUGACGGACUUUGUCCACGUGGACCAGGAUGAGGAAGUACUCGGCUGGCUGCUGGACUAUGUGGAAAAUGACCCCAUCCCGUACGUCAGACACAAGCUCCUCCAGCUUCUCCUAAAGAACCCUCCCUUCACCCCUAAGGAGGAUUCCAAGCUGAACAAAGAGUCGCUGGUGGAACGACUGUGGACGACGCUGAACACAGGUCUGUCGUAUGACGCCCGUCUGCGCUGUGACCUGGUGGACCUGUACUACACCAUGUUCGGCCGGGUGCGCCCGUCGUGCCUCCCCCCGCCGGAGUUCGGGCUGCUCGUUAACCUGAAGGAGAAGAAAGCUGCAGCAGUUCUACAGGAGGAUGACAAGGCAGGCAGCAGUCCGGCGGAAACACAUGGGGUCAAGAGAAAAGCUGAGACAGAUCCCCUCCCCCCAACCACGCCCCUCCUGACCCCAUCUGACCCCACCCUGGAGGUUCAGCCUCAGGAGGGCAGCAACAAGAUGAGGAUCAAGAUCAAGCUUGGUGGAGGGAAGCCAGCAGAGGAGCAGGCAGCGGCCAGUCCUGAGGUGCAGAAACAGCAGCAACAACAGGAACAGCCGGUGACUCCACAGACCGGGCUGUCACAUCAGGAACCAGCUGCCAGCAAAGUUCCAGAUGUGUCAGCGGCAGUGUCCAAACCCAGACCGGACCAUAAGAAGUUAUCCAACCACCCCUCCCCCCAUCCCCACCAGUCCAGCUCCAAACACCACCACGACCAGUCCUCGUCAUCACACAGGCAGAAGAAGAAGAAAAAACACAAACACAAACACAAGCACAAAUCCAAACACGGUUCCCAUGACGACAGGGGUCACAGUAAACCUGUCAGGUCACCCAGGCCGUGAUGCAUGAUGGGAAAGGUGAGGCCUGGGAAAAUUGUACUGUACAGUAUUUACAUGUGUACAAAAUGGGUUAUAGAAUUUCUUACUAUGAAA